AGGCAUGAUAUUCCAAGAAGAGAAGAGAAGAGAAGAGAUUUUAACACGUCAAGACCACUGAUUCAUGGCCGCUUGAAGAUCCACUUGUGAGUUUCGGUUUUGCAAGUUUCCGCUUAAGUUCCAGUUCCACCCACCGAAUCCCUUCCUUAUCCACCAAUGAAAUUGGGCUCGCAACCUACCGGAACGCAAUUCACAACCUCCCCAUCCCUUACUCUCGAACUCCAGUUUCAGUUUUCGAUUAGAUAUAUCCAUAAGUUGUGUUGAACAAGGAAACAGGACUGAAAGUGAAAUUGAAAAGUGGCCGGAGGGGAAAUUUCUUGCUGCGUUUUCAUCAAUCAGCUGCAUGAGUAGGAAUCGAGAAGUAGGAGUAGGAUUAUUGGUGGUAGUGUUAGGACUUGAGGGUUUAGGUUUUAGUUUUAGAGGCGACAGAGGAGGAUUAUGGCCAUUGGCGUGGUUGCCGUUUCUCAGGGUCGGCCUUCGGCAAGCUUUGAGUGGCUCCGAGGCCAUUCCGUGUCGUCGUCGUCGUGUCUUAGGUUACGCCGGACUCGACGAUGGUUGAAGUUCCAAUUCGUUUCUCCCAGGCAUAGCACUUUUAGUUUGAGGGGUUCAUUGACUAACACCGACGUCUACGAUUCUAUUGCAACGGAUGAAUCCCCUGACAGUAGCACAUCUCUUGAUUCAAAUUGUUCCAUUCCAGUUGUUCAUCUGAAAACUGAUUCAUUGGAGACAGAAGAAGUUAAUUUUCUCGUUUGCAGGACUUACAUAAAUAGUAUUUUCACUGCACUGCCUGUCUUAUCAAAGGAGGAGCAGAAUUCAAUAGCUGCAACUCCUGCUCAUCCAGCUGGGUUAUAUGCUUUGUAUGCUAGCUGUUUGGUUGGGAAUUUGGUUGAGCAGCUUUGGAAUUUUGCUUGGCCUGCUGCCAUUGCAUUGAUAAAUCCUAGUCUUCUUCCUGUGGCUGUAUUGGGCUUUUGUGCAAAGCUUGCUGUAAUUGUUGGAGGCCCUUUAGUGGGGAUACUUAUGGAUCGUUUCCCAAGAGUACCGGCGUAUAGUUGCUUGACUUUGAUCCAGGUGGCUGCUCAGAUUACAUCUGUUGGAAUGAUGAUUCAUGCCCAUACAAUGCACCUCAAUUAUGUGUCUCCUGUAUAUGUCCAACCGUGGUUUGCUGUACUUGUUAUUUCGCUGGCUGUUGAAAGGCUCUCUGGCCUGGCUCUGGGAGUUGCAAUGGAGCGUGAUUGGGUUGUGUUGUUGGCAGGGCCAAAUAGACCAAUUGCUCUUGCUCAAGCUAAUGCAAUUAUUAGUCGGAUUGAUCUCCUCUGCGAGAUUGUCGGAGCAUCAUUAUUUGGUAUUUUCUUAUCUAAAUAUGAACCGGUGACAUGCUUAAAACUUGCUGCUGGCUUGAUGAUAUGGUCGCUGCCUGUUGUGGUUCUUCUAACAUGGUUAACCAAUAAGCUAUCUGCUGGAGUACUGGACCGUGCUAAAUGUUCACCAACUGAUUCGCGGUGUACUUCUGUAGGAUCGAUUCCUGAUACUGCAAAUAAAUUGGCUACUGCUAUAGAAGCUAUCAAGCAUGGAUGGUUAGAGUAUGUCCGACAGCCUGUUUUGCCGGCAAGCCUUGCUUGUGUGUUACUCUACUUCAACGUUGUUCUUGCUCCUGGCGGUUUGAUGACUGCUUUCUUAACGCAGCAUGGUCUUAAUCCGUCAAUUAUUGGGGCCUUCAGUGGAUUAUGUGCCUUUAUGGGUGUUGCAGCUACAUUUGUAUCUGCAAGAAUGGUCAAGCAUUUUGGUGUGCUUAAGGCAGGGGCAGCUGGUCUGAUAUUCCAAGCUUCACUUCUAACAAUUGCAGUUGCUGUGUAUUGGAGUUGUUCUCUCUCACACAAGAUUCCUCUUGUAUUCUUUUUGUGUUCAAUUAUUUUGUCCAGAUUGGGGCAUAUGUCGUAUGACGUUGUAGGGGCGCAGAUUCUGCAAGCUGGAAUUCCUGCAGCUAAAGCAAAUCUUAUAGGAACAACUGAGGUUUCAUUUGCUAGUUUGGCAGAGUCGGUUAUGCUUGGAAUUGCAAUAAUUGCAAAUGAUGUGUCCCAUUUUGGUUAUCUGGCAAUGCUAUCUCUUCUAUCAGUAGUUGGGGCAACUUGUUUAUACUGUGGGUGGUUGAAGAACGCAACUGAUGUGCAAAGAAACUUUUCAUUUGAGCCACAGUUUCCAUAAUGAGUAAAGAUUUUUCUCCA